UUGAAUAUUUUGCUUAAGUUUCAGUGUUAUUUUCUCAUUUUGACCAUACCCACCGCCUUUCUUUUGCGUUACUUAAAUUCUGGUUUCAGUCUCGUUUUAUCAUCUUUCUCCGAAGAUUCAGGAUGGCGAUUUGGAGGAGAACUCUAACGAACGUCGCCCGAUUCAUCAAUUCAACCUCUGUUACUUUUCAAUCUGUUCCUCCUACAGUCUCCCCAGCUCUCCUUCUAAGGCCUUCUGCGUUUUCUCUCACUCGAUUUUACUCAUCCAAUGGAUUGGCAGACUUUGAUCUCUCUAAUGAAGAAAGUAAAAGACGGGUAUUUAACAGGUUAUUGUACAGGAGUAAGCAAAGAGGGUUCCUUGAACUAGACUUGGUAUUAGGGGGAUGGGUUGAAGAACAUAUUCAUUCUUUGGAUGAUAAUGGAAUCAAAUCCCUUCUUCAUGUUCUUGACCUGGAGAAUCCAGACUUAUGGAAAUGGUUAACAGGCCAGGAACAGCCUCCUGAAACUAUAAGCAUGAACCCUGUUUUCUCUGCCGUACAAGAGAGGGUUAGGAACAAUCUUAGUCAUGCGGAUCCUGAGACACGGGCAAUGCCUGGACAGCCAUGGGUGAGAGGAUGGGAUGAUUUCAAGAAAGGUCAAGACAGCCCUAUAACUGGUAAUCAGUAGAACAUGAGCUUUAUUAUUGUGAAAUCAGGUUUGAAUAAAUGAUGCAUAUACUACUAUUUGCUGCUGGUAACUAAGUGAAUUAGUUGAUAAAACAUAUAUUUGAAUUCAGGUUCAACGAAGUUGUUGUAUUAUAUGCUAAAUUGCAAACUGCACUAUUUGUUUUCUAUCCCUCAAAGAAUGUUUGAUUGGUAUGAUC